AUGGCAGAAGAGAGUCCAAAGCACAAGCCUUUGUCUCUUUUUUUUAAAGGCUGUGGAUUCCUAAUAGUUUAUGAGCUGGGAGUGGUGAAAGCUCUGAGGGAAUUGGCACCUGAGAUACUGAGAUCAGCAACCAAAAUCUAUGGAUCAUCAUCUGGGUCCAUUGUGGCCUCGAUAGUGACUUGUGGAUGUGAGCUGGAUGCAGUGUUUGAGGACUACUGCACAAUUGUGAAAGAGGUCAGAAAUGUCAUGCUUGGCCCUAUAUCUCCAAAUCUCGAUUUACUUCAAAAACUACAGAAGUUGCUAUACAAAGCCCUCCCAGAUAAUGCCCACCAGCUGGCUUCAAGGAGGCUGCACAUUAUGCUCACUCGUGUAUCGGACAGACAGAGCGUCGGGGUGUCAGACUUCGGGUCGAAGGAGGAGAUCAUUCAGGCAGUGAUCUGCAGCUGCUUCAUUCCUGCCUAUACUGGGUACAUCCCUCUCUCUUUCCAGGGUGUGCGCUAUAUUGACGGAAACUUCAGUAGCCCAGAGCCUUCAUUCUACGCAAAGACCAUGAUUAUAGUGUCUGCUCUUGCAUUUGACAAUGACAUCUGCCCAAGGGAUAAGCCAGGCACUUUCUUCAGUUUUUACAGUUUUCAGCAGCAAUUUCAGAUACAACUAGAAAACCUCCACAGGAUAGUCUGUUGUUUUUUUCCACCCAGCCAUCUGGCGGUGCAUGAGUUCUUUCUAAAAGGGUAUCAUGAUGCUGGCUUCUACUUGGAAAGAAACAGAGAGUUCGGCAUAGAUUUUCUUGCCAACAACGUGACACUCCCAUUAGCCAGUGAGUCCUGUAAGAAAGGCUUGUCCCAACCCAUUGGAGGUCUUGAAACCAGAACCCAUCAACAAGGAUCCUCACUUCCACUGACGCAGCUUACAAGGACUUCACCAGACACCAUGGAGUGAUGAAUGGGGUGGAGAAUGGAAAAGAGGAUUAAAUGCAGCAGCUGCCCCUAUGCUGGG